CGGUUUCGGUCGGCCCCCGAGCGGCGGCGGCGGCGGCGGCGCGGACAGGCAUAUUUUGUUCUUUCACGAUGUUUAGUGGUUAUGAAGAUGUGGAGGCCUAUGAAAAUGACCUGUAUGGUGAGCAGAUCAGUGAGUCAGAAAUAGACAGUGAUGUGGAGUUCCAGUUAUACAGCCAAGUGCAUUAUGCUUCCAAUCUGAGUGAAGUGGAUGCUCCAGUACAGAGUUUCAUCGAAAACAAUGUUAAAAAGGCUGAUACUGAUGUGAUAGUCAUUUCAGACUUUGCCGAUGAUGAUGACAGUGUUUAUGGCAGCAAGGAUUCUAAAGAUUCAAAAUCUGGAGCUACAGAAAGAGAUCAAUCCAUCGAGGAGUUUGCAUCACAUUCAAGCAACCAUGCCUUCCAUUCAGCAUCAAAUUCCAGUAGAACGUCUGGACUGUGUACUUCAAGUAAAUGCAGAUUGGCUCCGGCAGAUAUCGCCGCAAACUCUAGUUUGGGCAGGAAACGUCAGCAAAUCCAAGAGUUUAUAAUAUUAGAGGACAGCGAUAGUUCAGAAGAAGAGAAUGAUGAUGAAAUCAAGAGCUGGAUGAUCCUAGGACAUAAUGAGGAAGAAGAUAAAAACUUGCAGUUCAACAUACACACGUCUGCGAGGCUGAACAAUGAAGAUGCUGUUCAGUGGUCAAUCUGUGAUAAAGACUUGCAGUCACAGGUUACCAACAGAUUUAGACGGAACAUCCAGAGAUACUAUGUGGAGAAUCAAAAUGUGCAUUGCAGGAAUUGUAACAAGCGGGGGCAUUUGACCCUAAACUGCCCAUCACCGAAGAAAUGGCCCGCCUGUUGUUUGUGUGGGGUUAGAGGUCACCUUCAGAGAUAUUGCCCAGAGAGGUAUUGUACAAACUGCAACAUGCCUGGACACUGUUUUCAGAAGUGCAUUGAAGGGGCAUAUUGGAAAAAACAGUGUCGUCGCUGUGAUAUGGCUGGCCACUACUCUGAUGCAUGUCCUGAAAUAUGGAGACAGUAUCAUGUAACCACUAAACCAGGUCCAAUUGUAAAUGGACGUUCAGAUACGGUUCGGAUGAGAAACAUUUAUUGCUACAAUUGUUCACGGAGAGGACAUUACGGCUUUGAGUGCAAAGCCAGGCGGAUGUUCAGUGACAACUUCCCUGCGUCACCGUUUGUGUAUCACUACGACACGGCCAAAGAGAUAGGGUGCAGAAAUUAUCGGAUAAAGAAGAAAAUGAAAGUUACCUUUCCAGAUCUGCAAGUGGCUAGUCUUGUUAAGAUGUCAGAGGCGGAAGGCAAGCAAGUGCUCUCCAAGAAAAUGCUAAAAAGACAAAAGCGAGAGCUGAACAAGAAAAGAAGAGAAAAAGCAAAGCAGAAAAAGAGUGAGAAAUCAUCUUUGACUGAAAAUCCAUCUGAGAAGCAUUGUCACAGAUCCUCCAAAUUUUCCAGAAAGAUUAACAAAGAGAUUGAUAAGGAUUUUCCUAGAGGGCUUGCAGCAUGCUCACCAGGACUUAACAGAUCACAGCACACACACCACCGGGGCUCUCUAUUGUUUCUACCCAGUGAAAAAUAUUCGAGGAGAAAGAGAAAGAUAUCGAAGAGAAAACAAACGGAAAGAGAAUCUGUGCCUGGGUUAACUAAGCCCAGGAAAAAGAGGAAGAGAGCAAGGAAGAACGAAACUCACGCCAACGAAGAGGCUUCCUCGGGCAUAGCUAAUGAUUUACUAAUAAUUAAACAAAGAACAAAGAAGGUCAAAAGGCGUUCCCGCAAAUUAGAUUGAGCAGUUUUCAGACUACAAAGAGCAAGAAUUAGUGAAUAGUUGAUUGGAUUCUAGGAUCAACGAUAUCACCGCCAACUUCCAUUUAGAUAGCGCCCUCCACGCAGGGCAGUGUCUCAGAGCUCUUACAUGUGUCGAUACCCUUUUUUAAAAUGUUAAUCAUGCACUCGCUGGUGACUGUGAAUUCCUGAUGUCAACGAGAUAGUGGGGAAAUGCUAAGGAGAAGCAAGGUACCGUGUAGUGGGAGGGAGCGUAGUGUUUCAGAAGCAAGUCACUGUCCUGCUUGUGUACAUUUAGAGAGACACUGACCAAAGUCUAGGUGCAGGUCAUCUCUCUCAUGCUUUCAGCUAAAGAUUAUUUUGGUGUGAAUAAAAAAAAAUACACAAUUUUCCAAUGAAGAUCAGUAGUUUGAUGCAAUUUAAGUAAAUUUUAAUACCUGCUAUACGCUGCAAUUAGUGUGAGGAUUUAGUUACCUAUUUGUAAUUAAACUUGCUGAGCAGGUUUCUGUAAUUGCUUAUUGUACUUGUACUUAUUAAACAUUUCAAAAUUCCUCAGUA